ACCAACGCGUCCAAUUUACUGCAAGGGAGAAUCUGUGUGGCACUAGAGACCCUCACCUUAGCCUGUGCCAGUGUUUACUAGCUGUGGCUGGAGAGCCCCAUUUACCGACAAUCGCCCCGCGCUAACUAUUGGUUUUCUGUAGUCGGGAGAGAGAGAGAUAAGACGCUAGAUAAAUCAAAACAAAGGAGUGGAAGCGAUUUUUCCUUCUCGACCGGCGGUAAAGCAAGUUCCCUUCGGAUUAGAGGUGUGUUGGAAAGUGUGGCUAAUUGGGUGUGAUAAUUGUGGCAGUAGCCAACGUCAGAAAAGCUGAUGAGUAUUGGGUGAAAUAGAGAACACCGAGGUGCUGAGUAUAGUAAAUCUGAGAUAACACCUAAACAGGGAGCAGUUUUAUUGUGUUAUCAUUCACCGGAAGCGAAAUGAAGACUAUUGUUGCUUUACAAUUGUAUUUGAUGAUCUGAUAUUAUCUGUCUGUCCCAUAUUUAUGUCAGAUGUUAGUUUGGUGAAAAUCAGAUGGAUUAUUAUGGUGUUGGCACUCUAUCUCCGUCUUCGUUGACAAUGAAGGCAUCGAGCGCAUGUUGAUGUAUGGGGUCAAUUAACGUGGCACUGAGGUCAGGGUAUGGCAGCACCAUGACCCGGGACACCGACGAGAUUGAUAGCUGCUUCUGCUGCCGCUGCCACUGCUGCUGCUGCUGCCGCUUCUGCUCGCCCGAGGUCACGACGACGAAGAAGGAGGAGGAGGAGAGGGAGAGGGAGGGGGAGGAGGGGGCGGCCCGGAGUGGGCGUCGAUGCCAAGUAAGAUGAAACCGUUACGGUCUCAAGUUAGUUUUAGUAAAGACCGCAACUUCGCUUUCCGCCGUAAAACCGACAGUUUCCGCGAGAAGAAAGACGAUGAAGGUGAUAAUAAGGAAAAGGAGAAAGAGAAAGACAAGGAUAAAGCGGGGAAGGGGAAAGAGAAAGAUAGCAAAAAGGGCGAAGGGGGUCACCAGAUAACGUCGGCCAUUGCGUCGUCUCUGGCCGCCACUUUGUCACCGUUCUCGUCUUUCGUGACGUCCCAUUCCCCGAGGGGCAGUCGCAAGCCCUCCCCAAGUCCCACUUUGUCUCGCAGGUCGAGUCCCUCGUUUUCUUCCUCCUCCUCCGCCUCCUCCUCCAGGCAACAUGAGAACCCGACCUCCUCCUCCUCCUCCCCCCCGUCGUCAUCACAUCACCGUCAUCCGACUUCAUCAUCAACUUCGCCGUCGCGUUUUCCGAAGGGACGCGAGGCGGCAUCAUCACUCUCCUCAUCGUCGUCGUUAGCGGCACCUGUAGGACCACCACCGCCAUCAUCACAAAAUCGCCACCUCCCUGUGCCGAGGACCAACUCUUUCUCGCAUCAACAUCACCCCAUCCCGCACACGACGCAUCCGAAAUCUCGAACGCACUCCUUCAACGUCCCCAAUUCCAUAUCUCCGCCCUUCUCAUCCCCGAGGGGAUCGAAGCUCCUUCAGCAUCAGGAUCCUUCGCACUCGCCACGCCCCUCCAGUAGUCCUAGUCCGUCUCCGAGCGCCUCGAGCCCUUCCCUCAGCCCGACGACCAGUCGAUCUGAGAGCUCUUCCUCCGUCAGUGAUACUACUGACGAAGAUGGCUCGUCGACCUCGCGUCCGCAGCGGCUCUCUGGAUGUCGACCGAAAAUCAGGGUGUCAUCAGAGGACGACACUAAGGAUUCGACCUCUGGGGACGAAGGGGGAAGAAAGGGUCCAGGUGGAGGGGGAGGGGCGAGCAGUACCGAAGAAGGGAAGGAAAAGAGGGGAACGUCCAUUCCUAGAGUCCUUCCUUACAGGAUAGAGGAAGGAUGGCAGUUAUUCCAUUCCACCGACACUGUGGCUAAACACAGGAAGACGUGUCAGAGCUGCAAAUGUACCAGGGAACUGCAUGAUGUCUACCACGAGGAUUGGGUCAACGUGCGUGAGCGUCUCGGCCUUGGAGACUCUCUAGGAAGAAGCAGCCGAGAACUGUGUCUUCAGGAGGGAUACACCUGGGUUCCGCCAGGUCUAACUAGUGAACAGAUCUAUGAUUACAUGAGCUGUCUGCCAGGGCACAAAGUACCCCGUCUUGGCACUCCCGGAGAGAAGGCUCGAGAGAGGCAGUUGAUGCUUCAGCUUCCGAAGCAGGACCUGGCCCUGGCGUACACGAGGCACGUCGAACCCCAGUACCACACUUCCUUCAAGGAUUUCGUUGCCGCUCGCAACGACAUCGCCCUCGAUAUUGGCAUUAUCAAGCAUCACAUUCCACAUGAUAUAGAAUGUCGCGGGUGUGGAGGCGUCGUGAGUAAAGGGUCGGUCGCUGUCGUAGCACCCCGCUUCGGAGAUUCAGUUGCUUGGCAUCCUGGGUGCUUCACCUGUGGCACCUGCUCGGAACUCCUGGUGGACCUCGUCUAUUGCGUGUGGGAGGACACCAUCCAGUGCGGCAGACAUUACGCCGAGAAGCUCAAGCCCCGUUGCUCUGCUUGUGACGAGCUCAUUUUCAGCGGGGAGUACACGAAGGCCAUGUCUAAAGACUGGCACUCUGGUCACUUCUGCUGCUGGCAGUGCGACGACUCCCUGACCGGUCAACGAUAUGUCCUGAAGGAUGACCAUCCUUACUGCAUCAAAUGCUACGAGGCCGUGUUUGCCAACACCUGCGAGGACUGUAACACCAUCAUCGGUAUCGACUCUAAGGAUCUGUCGUACAAGGACAAACAUUGGCACGAGAAGUGUUUCCUAUGCAGCAAGUGUCAGGUGUCACUGGUCGACAAACAGUUUGGUUCAAAAUUGGAAAAGAUCUUCUGUGGUCCCUGUUAUGACGCCCAGUUUGCCACCAGGUGUGAUGGGUGUGGCGAGAUCUUCAGGGCAGGCAACAAGAAGAUGGAAUACAAGGCCCGCCAGUGGCAUGAGAAGUGCUUCUGCUGCUGCGUGUGCAAAACUCCCAUCGGGACCAAGAGUUUCAUCCCCAGGGACCAGGAUAUCUACUGCGCCGCCUGCUACGAGGAUAAAUUUGCCACUCGCUGCGUCAAGUGUAAUAAGAUCAUCACCUCAGGCGGUGUGACCUACAAGAGUGAGCCCUGGCAUAGGGAAUGCUUCACCUGCACUCACUGUGACACUUCGUUGGCCGGCCAACGCUUCACCUCCAGGGAUGACAAGCCCUACUGCGCUGACUGCUUCGGGGAGCUCUUCGCUAAGCGGUGCACAGCCUGCACUAAGCCCAUCACUGGCAUUGGCGGCACCCGCUUCAUCUCCUUCGAAGACAGGCACUGGCACAAUGACUGCUUCAUCUGUGCCGUGUGCAAGGGCUCCCUGGUGGGCAAGGGCUUCAUUACCGACGGGGCAGACAUCCUCUGCCCCGACUGCGCCAAGCAAAAGCUCAUGUAAAUGGCCCCAAUCCCACCGCUGCCACCAGAACCUACUGCAACUACUAAUCAUCACACAAAUAAACAAAUUUCUCAUAUGGAUCCAUACAAUAUGUUUGAAUUUAUUUCCAAUUCAACGUUGAUGGUAACAAGAUUGUAUUUAUAGUCACAUCUUUUAUUUACUCGUCAAAAAGUAAGCAUGGAGACAAUCUACCUUCUGAUAUUCAGUCUCUGCAAAUAAGUGCCUGUAGUUUUAUUGAUCUUUGAGACUUGAAACACUUUUUUGUAGGUUUUAGGAAAAUUCUAAAAAAAAGUAAAGGUACGUUAUAUACUGUUUCCAUGUUUUUCUCUCUAUGGAUCUGUGUUUACAUCCACAAUUAAAAUCUUUAAAAAAUUGAACGCAUUGAAAAUUCCACUUGCACAUCUUGAAUUGUAUGCUGUUUGACUCUAGUAGAUGAUGUAUGCGUGGUGCAAAGUCAUUAUUUCCCUAAUUUUAUGACAGACAUUUGUUAUCUCAUUGACGUAACUUGCAAAUGUUGGUAACGUAAAAUCUAGCUCAUUAUUUGAUAAUAUAUGGGACUUUUUGGUCCUCUUGUAAUGUAUUGAAAAUGUGUAAAUUGUUUCAAUUUCAGCAUGAAAUUUUAACACUUCUUAGUUGAUUGAUCACAAAACUGAAGAAUAUAUAUAUGAGUCAUUGGUGAUGCACAAGUUUUUUUAUAUUGCCAAAAAAUAUGUUUGUUCAAAGGAGCUGUCAGCCAAGAGAAAAACAAAUCCAGUCCAAUAAAUUGAUAUCAAAUUUCAAUGCCUUUGAUCAUAGUGUCUUUCUAUAUUCAUGUAUAUUUUGAUGGAUUUCACUGCCAUUGUUAUGACCUUCUCACACUUAGUUUUGCAAAUAAGUACAUCAGAAGCAAAGUUGAUCUAUUUAUUUAUUUGGAUGUGAAAACAAGAUGUCUCUUUGUUUCCUUCAGUUGCACUGGAAUAAGAUUUUACUGAAUAUUAAUUGCCACCUUCAGUUCUACCAAGUAGAGGCUCUUCCAUUCUGAGUUAAUGUCGCAAGAUGAUGGUUGAGCCAACAUCACAGCUGUGCAAAACUGUGAUUUCGAGGACACUGUUUUCUCCAUCAUUGCCUAACGUGGAAAAAAAUGCGUGAAAAAAGCACCGUACUAAUAUGACGCCAUCUGUUAGACACUCCAAAAAUGAGUGUCUACCAGGUGUUUCAGAGUUAGCCCCAUGCUGUUGCUGGAAUUUAGCAGAUUGUAUUUUCUUUACAUUAUAUUUUUAUGUUGCUCCAAUCCAGUGUAUUUUAUUUUGUUGCCUUAAUUUUAUUUCUUAUAAAACUAUGACCUAACUUUGGGCUGGACUGUAGAUUUGUAGUAAAGUGACCUUGCAUUGGCAGUGUUCGAUUUCCUGGCUAAUAGAAAGUGCCAUUUUUCAGGAGGUGGAGGUGUCAGGUAACCGAACAUCAAUGCUGCUGCCUUAAUAGCGUUACCCUAACUUAAUAUUGUAGUAUAUUCUUGCAUAGAUAUAUUCUUGACAAUUAUGCUUAGAUUAGAGUUGAAUGGGCCACCUCAGAGUGCUUUCAGGAAGGUUUGUAAAUGCUACUUUGUCCAAAAAGAAGCAGCAUAUGUUUGGUCAUCUGUCAUCCUUAAAGCUUGAAAAUUUGCAAAGCUGUAUAGGAUGUGAAAUUUACUACUGAUGUGGAAAAUAUUUGCAAACAUUCUGAAAAGACUUUGAAACGGUGCCAUUCAGAACAAAUGAGUCUUUGUUCUUUUAUCAUUUAUAAGCUGAUUUAUAUUUAUGUAUAUAAUGAAAUAAACCUAGCUUGCUUAAUAACAAAAUGUUAUCACUUAUCAUACAUUUUGUGAUGGGUGGUAAAGAUUAUUGAACACCGCUCUGUCGCUGUGCGAUUCUCUUCCUUUGUUUUUAUUUUUUUCACAACAAGGCAGUUUGAAUUGUUAGGCUAAUAGGUGAAUUAAAUUAUCAUUACUAUUAUUGUCAUUAUUAUUACAAUCCUGCCAGUAAUGGAGUGUUUCCUAUUGUCUCCAUAUAUCUCUCUAUUUUUCAUUUUUAUUAAUGUCAGUUCAUUCAUUUAUCAUUGUGUCUUCAGUUUCAUGCAUAGUAUCUUAAGUUUUCAAUGACAUGCCUUGUGUUAGGAAAUCUGAAUUUGACAAUAGUGUGUUAUAGAGGUACAGAACAGUUAUAGAUUCACCACAACUUUCGUUUGUUUAUUCUUGGGUUUUGAAAGGAUUGCUGUCAUUAGUAGUGAACUAGAGUUAAUGUCUGUCUUUUAUAGAACUGAGUAUUCUUGAUGAUAUGGUCAUAGAUGUGAUCUGGUAUCUUUCCAAGUUAAACUGUUGUUUACAUUUUGUUUACAUUUUCUGAAAUUAAAGUAGCUGGAAAAUCUGUUGUUUAUAUAGCAAAGAGUUUAUGUCUGAAAAAAUCCAAAGUAUUUUAUCCACCUGAAAGAUUAGAUUUAAAUUUAAAAUUGUUAAUACAGUGUUUAUCAGUAGUCUUGGCUCAUUUACUGGUAGGAUAGUGACCUGUGAAUCAUGUAAUACGGUUAUUCAGGCGAUAAACAUCCAUUGUGGUGAAGCCCAACAAUUUUGGACAUUAGUCAGAGACUCAACGAGAUUUAAAGAACACCUGAGCAUUGUAUAGAAUUUUGACUGUCUGUUGAAGUGGUUCCCAACCUUUGGCUAAAUGUAUGCCACGUCCUAGUAUCACUAGUGAUGCAUAGCAACCUUCCAAAGGAGACUUGAUAUUAGCUGACAAGGUUAAAGAAUAGCACACAGGUGGUACACAGUACAUGAAAUAGCACUAAAUAAAUGUACUCUUGAGCAGUACUGAAAUCUAAGAGAGGCUGGGAACCACUUGCCUAAUGUACCAACAAUUGGAAAGUUGCAUCACAAUAUCUCAUGUAAUAUAUCUCGUGGAGUGAUGCUGUGAGGACGGUGCUAUCUGUGUGAGCUUGGUGGCGCACAAUAAUACUAAUGCUGAUGUAACCAAGUCUCUGUAAUAAAUGUGUUACAGUAGAA